AUGGCAACUAUAUUUGGUAUGCGUUUGAGAACUAAGCUUAAAGAAUGCUUGCCUCUCCACUAUAAGGUUGAUAUCAGACUCAUGCCGAUGAACAUUCAGAUCAGAGCAGAGGGUCUAAGGCUGAACAGACGUGUGGGGAUCGAAUACUUAGCAGUGUGGCUAACACGAUCAGGAUCUGUCCCACGCUAUAACCUGAUGGAAGAUGCGGCUCCAGCUGAGAUAAGUCGUGUCCAGAACUGGCAAUGGAUUAGGUAUGAAGUGGAGUUGGACGGAGAUGGGCUUGGAGUCAGGGUGAACAAAGAGUUGUUUGAGAGAGUUGUGGAAGAAGAGAUGGAAAGAAUCGAGAAAGAAGUUGGUAAAGAUAAGUUUAAGAAAGGAAUGUAUAAGGACAACUGCAAGAAGUUUACAAAGCAAUGUACUGCAAGUGAGCUUGAUGAUUUUCUUACACUUGCUGUUUAUGAUCAUAUUGUAGCUCACUACCCAAACAAUGUGUCAAGGCCCUGA